UAAUCCAUCAAACAUGCAAGAAGAAUAUCUCCCAAGAUUGCUGGUCAUGGUUCAUCAGCGCUGGUCAUGGUUCAUCAGCGCUGGUGGGCGACUGUUCAGUGAGGCAGAGGUUCGUGUCGAUGACUUCUGGGAAGUGGCCGGAGCGGACAGAGCUGACAUAGACAACGAGUUGGAUGCUCUGCAUGAAGCCUUUCCAAGUCAUGAAGUAGAAAGCUGUGCCUGGAAGAAUCAAGGCGACACAAAUUACAAUGCCCUCUUCUUUAACAGAGUGCACUUCGCUAACUGGUGCAGGUAUGGGCAGAUGAUGAGCGAGCAGGCAGACAUAGCUAAAUGUGUUCUGUUCAUACUUCAGGGUACCUUGUUCGUCUUCCGACUACAUCUGUAUCUCGACUCUACGGGGGAGGAAUGCGACAUUGAUUCAACAACGACUUUGUGA